AUGCUUUCAUCAGCGACGGCGGCGAGGAUUGAUCGGCCGGUUUUUCAGGUGGGAUAUAAAGUGAGAAGGACGUUCAAAGUGACGGCGGAGAAAUUUCCGACGUUUCUGCCGAGAGAGGUUGAGAGAAUCAAAGACACGUUUGCUCUAAAGUUAGCUUCCAGAAUCGAGAGGCUCCCCGUAAAAGUGAGCUUCGCUGAAGAUAGAAUCAUGAGUAGUUGCGUGACGCCUCUGUUGCGGAAAGAGACAAGUCCUGUAGUUGAAAUUGUAUUGAAGUAUUCAUGUUUAGAGUGGAGAUACACUUAUCCAUUGUUGGAAGAAGCUGGUUUAGAAGCUUGGGCAUUUGAUAUACUUGGUUGGGGUUUUUCUGAUUUGGAGAAACUACCACCGUGUGACGUAGCGUCUAAAAGAGAGCAUUUUUACAAGUUUUGGAAGACUCAUAUUGGAAGGCCCGUUGUUUUGGUUGGGCCGAGCCUCGGUGCUGCUGUUGCAAUAGACAUUGCUGUCAACCAUCCUGAAGCGGUUGAGUCAUUGGUUUUAAUGGACGCAAGUGUUUACUCAGAAGGUACAGGAAACUUGGCAACUUUACCCAAAGCAGCAGCUUAUGCUGGAGUAUAUCUACUCAAGAGUGUUCCAUUGAGGUUGUACGCAAACUUCCUUUGCUUCAAUGGUAUUUCACUGGAAACUAAAUGGGACUGGACAAAGAUUGGUCGCUUGCAUUGUCUAUAUCCUUGGUGGGAAGAUGCAGCUGUUAGUUUUAUGAUUAGCGGAGGAUACAACGUUACUUCUCUUAUUAAAAAGGUUUCCCAGAAGACGCUGAUAGUGUGGGGAGAGGAUGACCAAAUCAUUAGCAACAAGCUCGCUUGGAGACUACAUGGAGAGUUACCGAACGCAAGUGUGAAACAAAUAUCAGACUGUGGACAUCUUCCUCACGUUGAAAAACCCGCUGCUGCUGCUAAACUGAUCACAGAGUUUGUUAGAGAGACUUGCCAGUGUAAAGAGGUUGAAAGUAUAUCUUAG